UUUCUCGGUUGGUUCUUCGAAAAUACCUGAUCAAUUAACACCUUGUGAAUAAACCUUUCGCUCCUUCCUUUUCGUACGAUCAUAUUGUGAUUCUCUCUUUUUAGAUCUACAAAUCUAUUCAAUAUCAAGGAAACACUUUCUAAUCGAUAUCUCAGAUCUACAAAUCUGUUCAACCUCAGCUCAAGCCUUUCACAUCUCUCAGGAAAAUAUUUACAUUUUGUGAUUCUUCUCUUCUCAGCUCAGCACUUAACUAUGUCUCUGCUCUGGUAACGAUUUGUCAUUCUAAUAGCUAUGUGGUGAAUAUGGCAAGCUGGUUUAUCGAGCCGUUUAUAUCGAAGGUGGUGGAAAUAAUAUCGGGUGAUGCACAAACCAGUGUGAAAAGUAUAAAGGACUUUGAGCUCAAUCUAAAAGCUUUGGAGAAAAAGUCAAAGUCAUUGUGUGCUAAGGCAUCUGAUGUUGAGGAGCAAAUCAAGAACUCAGAGCGUUCUGGUCAAAAGAAAAGGAAACGUGAAGUUGAGGAGUGGUUGGAAGAAGUGAGGUCCAUUGAAAAGAAAGUUGUUGAGUUGAGGACUCGAUUGGAAUUGGAAGGAUUUACUAUCAGAUUGACGGAUGGAGAUUUACCAGCUAAACUAAUUGAGGAGGUUGAUAGGCUUGUCGAGCAAAGUCAGAGUUUUGGUGAACUUGCCCUUGAUGUUUAUGGAAGUAGAGGAGAUAAGUUGUUGACAAAUGGGAUGGUUGGUGAAGCUUUUAAUGAAAAUUUGGAAAAGAUUUUGGAACAUUUGGAGAGUGAGCAAGUGUCGAGCAUUGGUGUUUAUGGUAUGGGUGGUGUGGGCAAAACGACACUGGCAAAGCACAUUCAUAAUCGACUCCUCCAACUUUCUCAGGGACGUGUGAUUUGGGUUACAGUCUCUCAAAAAUUUAGUGUUACGAAUUUACAAGAUAAAAUUGCUCGUUUUAUAGGUUUGGACUUUAGGGGUGAGGAUAAUGAAGACUUAAGGGCGGCGAGACUCCAUACAACUUUGUCUCAAAUGAAGAAUUCAGUGCUGAUAUUAGACGAUGUGUGGGAAAAUAUUGAUCUAUCAAAGGUUGGAUGUCCCAUUUCUGUUGAUUCUGUCGAGUGUUGUAGGCUGAUUAUAACUACUCGCUCCUUAGAAGUGUGUCGUCAAGUUUGUUGCCAAAAAGUGAUUGAAGUGAAAAAUCUACAUCAUCAAGAGGCAUGGAAAUUGUUCAAUGAAACUCUAAGAAGAAGUGAGAUAGAACUUGAUUCUUCGACAGAAGAGAUUGCGAGAUCUGUGGCAGAGUUGUGUGGUGGUCUGUCCCUAGCAAUUAUUAUAGUGGCUGGAAGCAUGAGGGGCGAGAGAGCCAUUCAUACAUGGAGAAAUGCUUACGAAGAACUAACAGAACGUGUCUCAGGAAAAGAUGGCAUGGGAGAUGGUGAAGUGUAUAAUGUAUUGAAAUAUAGUUUUGAUCGGCUGAAUUGGAAUCAUCAUAGUCAGAGCAAUGAGUUCAAUACAUUGCAACGUUGUUUCCUGCAUUGCGCGUUAUAUCCUGAAGAUGGUGAAAUAAACAGAGAGCGUUUGGUUAGUGACUUCAUUUCAGAAGGGUUGUUGGAUGAAAGAAAGACAAGGAGCUCACAAUUUGACCUAGGACAUUCCAUACUGGAUAAAUUAGUGAAUGUGUGCCUAUUGGAAAGUUGUGCUGGUCCUGGUUCUACGGAAUGCGUGAAGAUGCAUGAUCUUGUAAGAGGUAUGGCAUUGAAGAUACGUGUAAGGUCCCGUUUAGUGUAUGAAGAUGCAUGAUCUUGUAAGAGCAGGUGAUAAGUCUUUGAAUGAAAUAUUAAUUUUAUAACAAGAAGAGGAAAUGUAAGGUCCCAUUAGUAUUUGAUCACGUGUAAAAGCAAGAUUAAAUGCCAUUAUGAUUAUAUUUAUUUUUUUA